AUGGAUCAAUAUCAAAUUGAAUGGAGAACAGCACCCGUUCCUGUUAUUGCUCUUGUAAAAAACAAGAGACUUCAUGAUGGAUUGAUUACAUGUAUUCAAAAUAAUAUUUCUAGAAAGAUUAAAAUACUUAGCCUCGAGAAUGAAAAUGAAAUAAUCAAACCAAAAUCAAUUACUUCCAAAUCAAAUAUUAAUUUGUUUGAAAACUUGAGUAUGAACUCAAUUUUAAUAUCAAGUAAUGUUACUGCUAAUUCCGUUAUGAAUAGUAGUAGUAGUAAUAAUAACCAAAUAUCGUCACCAGUAGUAUUAACAAGUCCACCACCUUUACAACCAUCAUUAUCAAGUUCUUCUAUCACUUCAUCUUCAUCAUCUACAUCUAAAGAUUUACCACCACUUCCUUCACAUUUGUUAAAUAAUAAUCCUACUAAUAGAUUUGAAGGAACUAAACCUGCAGGUAUAUUUAAACGUGGCUGGUUUAAAAAACAUCAAGAAUUGAUACCAAGUGUUUGUGUAAUUAUUGUUCAUUGGAAAUCAGAUGAACAUUCUACUUGGCGUGCACAAGAAAGUGAAAUUGCUAAAAAAAUCUUAGCUGUAAAGGAAACAAGAACAGGAAAAAACACAAAAUUUGUUGCAAUAAUUGUAACAAAGAAAUCAACUCCUGUGAGUGAAGUUCAAGUUGAUCCAAACACUUACAUGUCAACUGAUGAUUUUAUUUAUAAUGUCAGAAAAGCAGCUAAUUUGGAUAGUAAGAAUAUUAUUUUAAUGAAAGAAUCUGAAAUUAGUGAUGAUCAAUCUUUUAAAACAAAGCUUACAAAACCUAUAAAGGAAUCUAUUGUAAAUUACUAUAAGGAACAAAUGAAUAUGGUUAAAAAGUUUAAGAGUGAUAUUAACAAAACUACUCAACCAUAUUAUUUUGUAAGACAUAGAAUGAAAGUGGCAUUUUACUAUGACAUUUUGAUGAAUAGUGGUUUAACUACUCAAUCGUCUAUUCAAAAGAUGAUUAAAUAUCUUACACAGGCAUAUACAGCACUGCAAAAUGUGUCAACUACAGAUUUUCUUGUAGAGGAAAUCAAAACUUUGGGAGAUAUGCUUAAUUUUAAACUUUGUUUUAUCAAAUUAUCAGAUAAGAAAAUUGAUAUGGCUGUAAAACAAUUUUUGAAACACAUUUCAUGGUACAAAUUAAUUCAUGAGGAGGAUUAUUCAUCUAGCUCUAUCGAUCAAUUUAAAUUCCAUGCAAGAGUUUAUUUGCAAUACAGAAUGAUGGGAGAAAUUCUUGAAAGAAUUCCACCAAAUUUACUUUCACCUGAUCAAAGAUAUCAAAAUCCAGGAUUUUAUUAUCAAGCAGCAGCUACACAUGCCAAAUAUAGAAAAACAUAUGCUUCCAAUGUAUGUGACCUUCACAAGGAAUUGGUAGAUUCCAUAUUUGCAGGCAAUGAAGAAUUGUUAACAAAAAUCAAAAUUGAAGAUUAUCACUACUUGACUGGAUAUUAUGGUAAAGUGAUUGAAAUGCCAGAACUUUCAGAAAAAUUGAAGGGAAAUACUAACGGUAUUAAUAUUAGAAAUAUCAGAGAUAUUGCUCGUGAGCUAAUUCUUGCUAAACAUUCAGAAACUAUAAUUCAAAUGUUAACCAAUGCUUACAAUCACUUCAAUGUUAAAAAAGAUUCUCAACUUAAAAGAAUGAUGUACUAUAUUGCAAGCAGUAUUGCUAGUGAACAUUACGAGUCUGGAAACUAUGAGAAGAGUAAAGUUUUCUUUGACAAGAUUGCCAAACACUACAGAAAAGAACAAUGGUAUGAACUGUUGACAGUAGUGUUACAGAGAUCACUGGAAUGUUCAAAACAAUUGAAACUUUCAAAACAAUUUGUUUUACACGCUCUUGAAUUAAUUUCAACUUUAAUGACAAAUCCACUUCAAGAAAAACAUCAACAUUUGAAUGAUUUAUUAUUAUUUAUUAACACACCUGAUCAAGUUAUUUUACCUCCAUUGUCCUCUCCUGUUGUUAUAGAUAUGGACUCUAAAAAUGUUUUAUUCCAACUUAAAACACAAUUCAGUGUUCCUUUUGCAUCUGUCUACCAACCAAUUCAAUUUUCAGUUCAAAUCACUUCUUAUAUUCCUUCUGAUUUGAGAAUUUCAUCCUUGACAAUUUUGUUCAGUGACAAGGAGUAUAAUAUUCAUAUUCAAGAUGGGCAACCAAUUCCAAUUCCAACAUUACCUGAUGCUAAAGUGAAAGAGAGUAAUGGUGUUCAACAAGUUAAUGAAUCAGCUAGUCAAUCUGGUGAACCUUUGGAUUUGGUUUUGAAGGCAAACUGUCAACCAUGUACUUUUAAUUUCCCACUCAUAAUUAAGCAAAGACAAGAUCUUCAAUGUUUAGGAGUUUCACUUUCUCUUAAAGGACCAGUUCCAAACCAAGAAAUUAGAUUCCAGUGGAAAUUCUUAGAUAAUGAAUAUUUCCUAACACUUUUGAAGAGUUACGAUUAUAGACUUUUCUACUCUGAGGGAUUGUUUGUUGAGAGACCUGUUGUGAUUAUUACAGAACCAGAACCUAAUCUUUCUCUUUCGUUUGCUCACUUACCUCCAGCUCUUGUAAAUGAAUAUUAUAGUAUCAAAAUAACAUUACAUUCCAACGAUGAUCACGUAACUGAAGGAAGGUUGGUCAUUGAUAACAUUCCAUCUGUAGAGAUUACUCACAUCUAUCAAGAUGAAUUGGUUCCACUAACAAGCGAGGGUAUCAAAGUGCCAGAAAUUGUUGCUAAUGGAAGUUACAGCGUUAUCAUUUUCUUGAAAUGUGAAAAGCCAGGAAUCAACAAACUACAGUGUAGAGUCUCUUACGGAACUAAACUUUAUCCACAAUUAGAAAGAAGUACAUCGUUUGAUGUUUCUUGUCAAUAUCCAUUUGAUUCACAUUUCCACUUUAUGGCUACCAGACAAGCUGAGAGCAAAAUUGUAAGAGAUGAACAAAGGGAUAUUGUACUCAAUGAGAAUGAAAUGAUGUUCAGACUCUUACCAUCUCAAAGAGUAUCAUUCUACCAAAAAAUUAUUAGUAAUGUUAGUCAAAAUAUUUCAGUCUCAGAUCCAUUUGCCAAGGACAAGACACAAUCAGGAUUUUCUUAUUUGGAAGGUUUUUCAGUUCUGCAAGCCAUUGCUCUUCAAACUUCUCUCAAAUGUACUACUCCUUAUUCUGUAAAUUUGGAAGAAGUAUCAAUUGAUUCCUCUGAUAAGUUUAUGUGUAUGACUUCAACUGAUUAUACCUCUACUCUCUAUGCAAACUCUUACAAGACCUAUCUUGAAGAUAAGGAUGAACAUAGUUCUUGUUUUGUAAUUGUUCCAAGAGAGAUUGGAAAGAAUGUUCCUGUUGGAAAUAUUCGUAUUGCACUUAAAAGAGCUGAACCAAUUAAUAUUGAUGAGAUUGAUCCAAUACUUGUAGAGAAAUUUAAUUUAGCGAGAAUUGAAUAUUCAACUCAACUUCCUCCUCUCAAUAUUAUUGAUCCAGGUGUUACAGUAAGCUUUUGCUCACCUUUCGAAGCUUUUGUUGGUACUUCUAUCAAAUGUAGUUUAAUUGUUGAGAACAAUACACCACAAGUACAACAAGUUCAAUUAUUCGUAUCAGAAAAUCCAACCUAUCAACCAUUCUUCUACUCUGGUACUACCAAUUUGAGAUUUUCUAUUUUACCUUAUCAAAGUAGAGAAUUGGUUUAUAAUUUUGUUCCUAUCAUGACAGGAUUAAUUGAAUUCCCAAAGUUUUCAUUAGGAAAUUUGAAAAAACAAGUUCACAUCCUCAAUGAUGAUGAGAAAUGGACAAUCUACAUUCAUGAAAAGAAUACAUUGCCUGAAACUUUUAACAUGCAAUAAACCAUCAAUCAUUUUGACCUUUAAU